AUGGCGUCUACGCCAAUGGACCUCGAUGGCGUUGAUUCCUCGUCCGCAAACGGCACUCCACAAGCGUCCACAUCGCUCAACAUAACACGCACGCUGGGAAGCAAUUUGGCAACAUCAGCGGUAACAGAUGUUAUUGCCAACUUCAGGCCCACAAAGCUCUUCAAGCGCGAUGACAUUAAGGAUGCCCGACCGCAACCCUAUAUCCUCAGUCUCGAUUACGAUGACCCUGGCGAGCUUCUUAUGACCUCCGAGAGCGAUGAAACGAUCCAGAUAUACAAAGUGCGCGACGGACGCCACGACAAACAGCUUCUCAGCAAGAAGUAUGGCGUGAAGCUAGCAAAAUUUACACACGCAAGCUCUGCGAUCAUUUACGCCAGUACGAAGGUGAACGAUGCAAUACGGUACCUGACAACACACGACAAUGCCUUCGUCCGAUACUUCGAGGGUCACGAAGCGGCAGUGACGUGUCUUGCGAUGCACCCUGGCCAAGAUGACUUCAUAUCUUGUAGCAAGGACAAUACGGUGCGGUUAUGGAAUGCCUCAACGAAGAAUGCGACGGGCCUACUUCAUCUGAACACCCCGUAUCUGUCUGCUUGGGACCCUAGUGGUCAAGUCUUCGCCGUCGGUUGUCCAGCCAGUGGGAUGAUCCUUCUGUACGAUCAUCGGAAUUUCGACAAGGCACCGUUUGGUAACUUUGAUAUUGCCGAGUCCUGUUGCCAUGCAGAUUUGCAGCACGUGAUGAAGGGCUGGACAAAACUGGAGUUCUCGAAUGAUGGACGGUCAAUCCUUCUUGGUACCAAGGGUGGUGGGCACUUCCUCAUAGACUCAUUCAAAGGGGACCUGCGCGCAUAUCUCAAGAAACCUGAAGCCGGAACCAGCAGGCUUGCAGCAGGCGAGCAAUCGGCCAUGAACGGAGGCUCGUCUAUGAAAGUCGGCAAUAUUGAAAGUAGCGGCGAGUGCUGCUUCACGCCUGAUGGCCGAUACGUCAUCAGCGGUGCGGGCAAGAACGUGUUGGUUUGGGACACACUUGGCCAAGUUGACGAGAAUAAGAUGCUGGAGCCAAUACACGUGCUAGCGGACGAAAGACAAGUGGGCGUGCUGGCUUACAAUCCACGCUUCAACUUCUUCGCGACAGCUGAUCAGAGUGUUGUAUUCUGGCUGCCAGAUCCGCAUGCGUAG